UUAAGGAUUACCUAUACCCAGGACAACAAGCCACUGACAGACCGGAUUUAGUUUCCAAAGUGUUCAAGCUUAAACUGGACGUCUUGCUCGAAGACAUCGAAAAGAGAGAGAUUUUCGGCCGAGUUGAGGGUUUUUGCAUGAGGCGCCUUGUAUGUUGCGGUUGCUGUUUUUGCCCUUAUCAGAAUUUCAUAUGCUAACACGUGGACUUGUACGAUGAGCAACCUCUGUUAGCGAAUGCCCACGGUCCCGCAGCAUACAUUGCGUGUCCCCAUUUUUGCGUUUGCCGUGAAACAUUUUGGAAAUGCUCUGACAGCAAAGCAAAUCUGUGGCCGUUGGAUAAUCAGCCAUCUGCAAUCGUAAAGGGAGUGCAGAUGCUGGAUAUGACCGGAUCGGACGUCAACGUUCUCCCCAACUGGCCGCCAACCCACAACUUCCCUGAUCUGCAGAUGAUUUUUCUGUCUCAGACUGUGUUUGACGGCUCUCGCCGCUGUAGAGAGUUGGAGUGUCUGGAGAAGUUGGGACUGCGAAUUAUCGCCAACCGCUGCCCGGCAGAUUUACGCAGUGGAUGCGGAUUUCCUCCAUGCUGUUCGUGGACUUCCGCUCAACCGCCUUCUCAGCCGCCGGUCUCGACGGUUACUGAGUCUUGGUCAACCACCGCGAUUCCACGGGAUAGAGACUUGAGCACCCGGGCCAUGACUCCAUCCGGCGCUGACGCUAGCGGGAGUGAGGUGCAGCGUGGACUGGCCGUAGAUCCGUAUACUGUAGCAGGCAUAACGGUCGGCAUCCUAUUCCUGAUCGGCCUGACGGUGCUGUGUAUUGCGUGGAAGCGUGGUUUUCGCGUCGGUCGGACCGUCAACAGUGCCCGCAGCCAUGAUGGCGGGGCAGCACGGCCGACUGCUCCCCAUGGUCGCCGAAACCGCCCCGGUCGAGAUGCCGAAGCCGGGCGUGUUCCACCCCACCAGCAGCCACGCACUCCAAUUUUUAGCAGAAAUCGCUCGUCGGUGUCGCCGUCGCGAUCAGAGCAUCACUGGUUUUCACCAACAACAACCAGGAGCACGUCAAGGACACGCCAUAUGCCGACGCCACGUCCCAGUCCAUUUGCGUCUCUCUUCGCGGCCCGUCGAGACAGGGACCCUCUGCCACCGCCUCACCCGCAUGAGGCCGUAGUCCAUCACAACCCCGAGUACAAUGGGCUGCCGCGGAACGACGCUGAUUACAUGCACCACCGCGACCAUAGCCAGGACGAAAGGAUUCACCAGAACGUGGACCUUGGCGGCAACAACCCAAUUCCAGCGGACGGCGGUGAGUUUUUGUGUGUUAUCAAUAUUCGAUAA